UUCCUCUCCCUUUUUCUCCUCUUUUUCGUAAUUGCAAUCUGUGUCUUUCUUUAGUGAAGAGCUUCAAAAAAAAAUGGCGGAAAUGGUGGAUAAUGCUCUUCUGGUGCUCCCUGCCUUACUGGCACCACGUGAACCCACUACCCAUCUUCUUCUAAACCCAAGCAAAUUGUUAAAGAAUUGAUUUUGUGUAUUGCUGUUAACUUAAACUUCUUCGUAUCUUAGUAGAAGUUCCACUUUUGUUUCCACGUGCUUUUCCCACUCUUUUCGCUUCUUUGUUAAACCAAAUACAUAUACCCCAUUUCUUUAUUUGAUUUCUUCUUCUUCAAAUUAACUGCCUUUCAAUCAUUUAUUGUCUCUCACCCACUCCCCUUCUUCUGCUCAUUUAAUCAUUGUCUCUCUCUUUCUCUCUCUAUCUAGCUACUUACUUAAUUCUGCAUUUACUUCUCAUCAUUUUCCUCUUCAUCUACUCCUCCUUUUCAGUUUACUCUACCAAGUGUUUGAUUUUUUGCCUCACUGGUACUUGCUAGUAUACUAUACAGUUUCUGAAUUUUGUGGGGUUUUCAGUUUUCUACAUUUUUUAUGCGAUUUGGCUAUCUGGGUAUUGCUAUUCAGAGAUGAAGGGUGCUGUUACUAGAAGUUGAUGUCUUUGUAGUUUAGCUCAGGGGAAGAGAAGGAUGGUUACAAAGUUCCUGUUUGUUUCAGUUUUAUUCGGCACAGCUCUGUUCUGGCUAGCAAGUAGUGAACCAUAUGAAGACAAAGAAGCGCUUCUUGAUUUCCUUAAUAAUGUGAAUCAUUCGCGGUACCUGAAUUGGGAUGAGAGAACUUCUGCUUGUAGUUCUUGGACUGGAGUCACUUGUAAUCAUGAGAAAUCAAGAAUUAUAGCAAUCAGGUUGCCUGGAGUUGGAUUCCGUGGUUCGAUUCCUGGAAACACUCUUAGCCGCUUGUCUGCUCUUCAGAUCUUGAGUUUAAGGUCUAAUAGUUUUAGUGGCAGUUUACCUACUGAUUUUGCAAAACUUGGAAAUCUUACUUCUAUAUAUCUUCAAUCCAAUAACUUUCAAGGUCCAUUGCCUACUGAUUUUUCUGCUUGGAAAAGCCUUUCGGUUUUGAAUUUGUCAAAUAAUGAUUUUAGUGGGAGUAUACCUUCUUCAAUAUCGAACUUGACUCAUUUGACUGCUCUAGUUCUUGCUAAUAACUCGCUUUCUGGCAGUAUUCCUGAUCUCAAUCUCCCUACUUUGCAAAUAUUAGAUCUGUCCAACAAUAACUUCACUGGAAGUAUCCCCAAUUCUCUUCAAAGAUUUCCUGGUUCAGCUUUUGCUGGUAACCCGCUUUCUCCUGCAAAUUUUUCACCUUCAUUUCCUCCAGUUCCUCCUCCAAGUGUCCCACCAAAAAAGAAAUCGUUUAAACUCCGUGAACCUGCAAUACUUGGGAUUGUAAUGGGAGGAUGUGUUUUAGGUUUCUUAGUGGUAGCUGCAGUGCUAAUUAUGUGCUUUUCAAAGAAAGAUGGUAACAGUGGGGCCACAGAGAAAUCAAUCAAGAAAGAAGAUGUAGUCAGGAAGGGAGUUUCCAGCAGUCAGCAUGGAGUAGGGAAUCUCGCAUUCUUCGAGGGUUGUAAUCUUGCAUUUGACCUUGAAGAUCUGUUGAGAGCUUCAGCAGAAGUGCUUGGAAAGGGAACAUUUGGCACUACAUAUAAGGCAGCUUUGGAGGAUUCUACCACAGUUGUGGUGAAGAGAUUGAAGGAGAGCGUGGGAAGAAAAGAUUUUGAGCAACAGAUGGAGGUUGUCGGCAAUAUCAGGCAUGAGAAUGUGGUCCCGCUGAGGGCAUACUACUAUUCCAAGGAUGAGAAACUCAUGGUAUAUGAUUUCUACAGCCAAGGGAGUGCAGCUUUGUUGCUGCAUGCAAAGAGGUCUGCUGAUCGAAUUCCUCUUGACUGGGAAACCCGACUACGAAUUGCCAUUGGUGCAGCUAGAGGCAUUGCUCAA